UACUCACUCUCUCUAUUAUCUCUACACACUGCAACACUACUCCAACUUCUCUCUCUUCGCUGCACUUCUGUCAUGGUCUCAUGGUCUCAUGGUCUCAUGGUGGUGCAUGCAUGAGCUCGGUCAAUGCACCAUUCUUCUUGUCAAAACCAGAUUAUUCACAAAGAAAAAUCAUACCAACCAACGGAAUUUCAAAGUCAAACAAAGUGCCUUUGAAAUUUUAAACCCAGUUUCUAAGAAAAUGGUUUCUUUUCACCAUCAAAGUGGUUAUCAGUUCCUAUAAAUUGGGUGCAUACUGAACAGAGAAGGAAGAGAUUGUCAAUUUUCAGACAAACUUGUCGGAAAGAAGAACAGAGACGGCCAUUGAAGCCCUCAAGUGUUGAGACAGUGACAGCUCAUUACAACCAAAGAGGUUCUUGGCUUCAAGCGAAACGAGUUUGGCGACAGAAGAAAAGAAAAGAAGAAGAAGGUUGAAAUGGAAGCCAUGAACGUGACGAGGGUUAGAGAAGAAGUGCGUGUUGAAGAUGAUUGCACUGAAACUGAACUCAACAAAAUCCGUCUCUUGAGGGCAAUGGUUGAAGCACGAGAUCCCUCUGCUAAGGAAGAAGAUGAUUUUACGAUUAGAAGAUUCCUACGUGCUCGUGAUUUAGAUUUGGAGAAGGCUUCUACAAUGUUCCUCAAGUACUUGAAAUGGAGACAUUCCUUUGUUCCAAAUGGUUCUGUAUCCGUAUCAGAAGUUCGCAAUGAACUUGCUCAAGAGAAGGUGUUCGUGCAAGGACAUGACAAGAUAGGUCGACCUAUAGCUGUUGUAAUCGGUAGAAAACAUUUUCAGAACAAAGAUGGUGGAGAUGAAUUCAAACGGUUUGUCGUCUACGUGUUUGACAAAAUAUGUGCAAGUAUUCCACCUGGUCAAGAAAAGUUUGCUGCUAUAGCUGAACUUAAGGGAUGGGGAUACUCAAACAGUGACGUUCGUGGAUAUCUUGGUGCUCUAUCAGUUUUGCAGGAUUACUACCCGGAAAGAUUGGGGAAGUUGUUUAUUGUCAAUGCACCAUACAUAUUUAUGAAAGUGUGGCAAAUUAUUUACCCUUUCAUUGACAACAAAACCAAGAAGAAGAUUGUAUUUGUGGAUAAAAAUAAGGUGAAAUCAACACUGCUAGAAGACAUUGAUGAAAGUAAUAUACCAGAGAUAUUCGGUGGGCCACUGCCAUUAGUCCGACUUCAGGAUAUCUAAUUAAAGUAACUGCUAACAAAUAAGGACAGACCAUACUAGAAAAAAUAAACUUUAUUCUUUCUAAUUUAUGUAUUUGUAUGCUAUUUUCUGUACCCCAAAUAAAGUACAUUAUAGAAGACUGGCACAAUAUAGACUGGCCAUUGUUGUCUCAA